UGAAAACCUUCAAUUCAACGGCCCAUAAUCGUCCGAGCCGGUCUCUCUUUUUCUCUGCAUGGGCAUCGGGAAUCAGAUCCCCAAUUUAUAUAUCUGGGGUUAGGGUUUGCAAGUCUAUUUCAUCAAUUAACUCCCAAUUUUAUCUAAAAAUUUCGAAGGAAAUGGCGAUGAGGAAGUUCUACAGCGAGAUAAAGGGGUUGAAACUGAAGGAAGUGCCCAACUACGUAAAGCCGAUGCUAUCGAUCGAUUACGUGAAGAAAUCGGUGCAGAAAGGUUUGGACAAUUACCAAACCAAGUACAUUGAGACCAGCUCCAUUGAUCCUCUCUACCAUGUCUGCUUCGGUGGCAUGAUUUUUUCCUACCUUGUUGCUCUUCCGGAGGAGCGCCGCCACCUCGAGCACCAGCAGCAUGCUAAGGAGCACGGCCACUGAUUCAUUGAUUGAUCGAUUCGUCGGUCUUUCAGUGAUUCGGUGAACCUCCUGGGAGUUGAUUUUACAAACAUUGAUUUGCUUGAUGUUUUAUUUUUGUGUUUCUUGAUAUGGUAGGCAGGAAGAUACUGUCUUUUCACUGCUUGGUAGCAUGAAGUGAUGAAAUAAAAUACACUUGGCCAUGAGUAUUGAGCAUAAUUGCUUUUCUAUUUAAAUGUUAUAUGGGAAUGGUACUUGUUUUUGUUC